AUGUCUACAGAGGCCAGCCCGAAAGGCAAGGGCGGCAGAGCCCCUGCAAACGCCGGUAACGAUGCAGACUCCAUCAUGCCACUCCUCUUCGCUACCAUCGGCAACCCGGCUAUCAGCUUCAAGAAGAUGGCAGCCAUGGACGAGCUUGGUCGCACUGAAUCCUCUCUCGAGCAUAAGUUCCGCAAAUGGAGGCAGAAGGGGCGCGAGAUUGCCGCUGAAAAUCCCGAAAACGCUGGGACUCUAGGUACUGCCAACGCAGGAGGCGCUACUACCAAGAAGCCGCGUGCUCCAGUCAAGAAGGGUGCCAAUGGCAAAGAUGAAGGGCCUGUCAAGCAAGCUGGUGUUGAAGAUGAGGAAGAUGAUAUCGACGAGGAAGCUGGAGCGAUCAAGCAAGAAUCCGACGAGAUGAGCGGCAUUGACGGCGAAAUGCUACCCCCUCCUACCAAAGGGAAAGCCACUGCGACCAAGGGCACCAAGAAGCGUGCUGCCUCGGAGAAAUCUGCAGAUGCCGAGCACGAACGCACGGAGGCCCCUGUCAAGAAAGCCAAGGUGGUGAAGAAAGGAACGGCCAAGGUGGUGAAGAAAUCCAACGCUAAAUUGUAUUCCAGCAGCGAAGACGAGGAGGCGGUAAGCGAGGACGAGGAGAAAGUGCCGACGACCAAGCCAAAAGGAAAGGGCAAAAGCAACGUCGCUGCAGCGCAUGGUAAAGGAAAGGCGGCAGCGAAACCUACUGGGCCUGCGAAGGCGAAGAAAGGGAAGGCUGAUAUGGCUGCCGAGGCAGGGCAGAUCCCCAUCCACGAGGACGAAGACGCGGACGUUGAUGUGGAUUCUGAAGAUGGUCACCAUGAUGGAAUGAUUGACAUGCCGUUUGACGAGGCUGCUUAA